CGCCACGAUUUAAGCACGGCUUCCUCCGCCCCGACCUCCACACAUAACCAGCACACAGCUCUCGCCUUCUCUCUCCCAUCGGCACACCCGAGCUCGCUCCCUCCUUCCACGUCGAGGUCCGAGUCCUGCUUUGAUGGCGACCGACGUGGCUGAGACUCCCGCGCCGUUGGUGGAUGCGGCCCCAGAGGCGCCCGCCGACGCCCCGGCGGCGCCUGCUGCCGACGCGAAGCCGGCCAAGGCCAAGAAGGCCACCGCGCCGAAGAAGCGCGCCAGCCCGACCCACCCGCCGUACGCCGAGAUGGUCUCGGAGGCGAUCACGUCGCUCAAGGAGAGGACGGGGUCCAGCAGCUAUGCGAUUGCCAAGUUCGUGGAGGACAAGCACAAGGACAAGCUCCCGCCCAACUUCCGCAAGCUUCUGAACGUUCAGCUCAAGAAGCUCGUCGCCGGCGGCAAGCUGACCAAGGUGAAGAACUCGUACAAGCUGUCGUCCGCCGCCACCAAGCCGAAUCCCAAGCCCAAGGCCGCCCCGAAGAAGCCCAAGACCGGCGCUAAGAAGCCCAAGGCCGCUGCCAAGACCAAAGCUAAGACCCCCGCCAAGGCGAAGCCCGCCACAAAGCCCAAGCCCGCCGCGAAGCCGAAAGCCGUAGUGAAGCCGAAGACACCCGCCAAGCCCAAGGCCAAGCCAGCUGCCAAGGCGAAGCCCAAGACCGCCGGCGCUAAGCCGAAGCCACUUGCUAAGAAAGCCGGCCGCCCCGCCAAGGCGGCGAAGACGUCGGCCAAGGACACGCCAGGGAAGAAGGCGCCGGUGGCCAAGAAGUCCGCUGCUGCCGCGAAGAAGGCCCCUGCCAAGAAGGCCGCUCCCUCGAAGAAGGCGGCGACCCCGGUGCGGAAAGCGCCGUCCCGUAAGGCCAAGAAGUAAAGCGGCCAAGAAGGGGGGCGCGAUGCUGUAAAUUUGAUAUCGGAGAGGCUCGGGUACACUGGUCAUUCAGUAUCCGAGACCGAUAGCUGAGGCUAGUGGCGAUGGAGGACUGUGUUAUUACUACUAUAAACUGGUGGUUGUGUUUCUGUAACUGGUGAAUGAUCAAGUUGGAAGCUUUUAGUCUAUCUUAGAUAUAUCAGUGGAUAGUGUUUUUUGUAUUUUCGUUUUCUUUUCCAAUGUGUGUUGGGUCUUGUGGAUUAUCCUUUUUUUCUAAUCUAAUACAAUGAAGAGGCAUGUCUUUUGAAGCUUCCAUAAAAAAAAGUUACUUUUUAA